UCUUAUAUCGCCACACACCCGGUCUGAGUGAGGAAAGUCCCGAGCGGAAUAUUUUACGAGAGAGGAUUUCUUCAAUGUUCGCUAAAAUAAGUAGUCAAAAAUACAAACAUCUCGGACUUGUUCUUCGUGGCAUCCCAGUCGUGCACAGCUAAGUCACAAAAGCAGUGGUAACCUCCAGUUUAGCCCUGCCCAGCCUCACACACCCCACCGGCCUGGCUCAAGGAGGGAGGGAAAAUCAUAAGAUUGUUGAUAUUGUGGGUUCAAUAGUUGUUGCUUUACACGUGUCACGUCUUCUGGUUAUUGUUUUCAGUGCAGACAGCUUUUGAAAGACUGCCCAGAAUUGGUUUAGAAUUUGGUAGAUCGUUAAACUGCAAGUUUGUAUCCGUAGCCUAAAGAGGCACGAGUGCUCACAAGCUAGUAACGUUAGCGACAAUACAGCAGACGAGUUCCAUCCCUCCAGACGUAACUUCAAGAGGCCAUUCAGUGUGCCUACAUGGGACUAAUUCCGAUCAUGCAACAGCCUGUCAUAUUUUACCGAUCAGCAUUCUCGCAUUGAGCAACAUAACACACAUUUGUAACGGGGAACCGUAUAAUAUUUACUUAGUAAGCUAGCCAUCUUGCUAGACAGGCCAGCUUCCUUGUAUCAAAUAGCAAACGGUCUAGUACUAGUAGCUAACGUUAAUGGUGGCUGGACUGCGUUGUCAGAACUAUGGAAAUGAGAACGUUAGUUUGUUUUAAAGUGCCUUUUUUUUUUUUUUUUUUUUAGAUUAUUAGCAAACCGUAUAUAAUUUUAAUGAGACAUUGACUCCAAACACGGAAGCUAAUAAUCGUAUUUACAUUUUUUUGUUGUAAUUAUCACAUUUAUGUUGGAUUUAAGUCGCUGAGAGCCAACAAAAGACUCAAUUUUGGAUAUCAAUUGACGAGACGAAUAAUUUCUGUGUCCCUGGUUUUAACUGGAUUUGGCCUCCCCCUUUUGGUUCGACGCGGGAGCAGCGGGAUUUCGACGUCCCACUCAUCUGUCACGUCGAUAUUUGUAUACAUUUUCCUAUCCCUCCCACAACCUUUCCCCGUUUCUCUCUCCGAUGCGGAGUGCUGAGUAACGCCGGCAACCAAAUCGAUAACGGCGGCCGGACAUGCUGAAGUGUAUCCCUUUGUGGCGUUGUAACCGCCACGUCGAGUCGGUGGACAAGCGACAUUGUAAUUUGCAAAAUGUCCCCGAUGAGAUAUUUCGCUACAGCCGCAGUCUGGAGGAGCUUCUCCUCGACGCUAACCAACUCCGAGAACUACCCAAGCCUUUCUUCAGACUUCUGAACCUGCGGAAACUGGGUCUGAGUGACAAUGAGAUCCAGAGGCUCCCUCCUGAGGUGGCCAACUUCAUGCAGCUGGUGGAGCUCGACAUCUCCAGAAACGACAUUCCUGAGAUCCCCGAGAGCAUUAAGUUCUGCAAGGCAUUGGAGAUUGCAGACUUCAGUGGAAACCCCCUCUCCAAGUUGCCUGAUGGUUUCACUCAGCUCAGAGGGCUCGCCCACCUGGCACUUAACGAUGUUUCAUUGCAGACACUGCCCAACGACAUAGGAAACCUGGCCAACCUGGUGACGCUGGAGCUCAGGGAGAACCUGCUCAAGUCCCUGCCCACGUCACUCUCUUUCCUGGUGAAACUGGAGCAUCUGGACCUGGGCAGCAAUGAACUGGAUUUGUUGCCGGACACACUUGGUGCUCUCCCUAACCUACGGGAGCUGUGGUUGGACCGCAACCAGCUCUCCUCUUUGCCACUAGAGCUGGGGAACCUGCAGAGACUCGUGUGUCUAGAUGUGUCAGAGAACCGACUGGAGGAGUUGCCCUCAGAGCUCAGCGGCCUGCUGGCCCUCACUGACCUGCUGCUCUCACACAACCUCCUGGAGGUGGUCCCCGACAGCAUAGGCUCUCUGAAGCAGCUGUCCAUCCUGAAAGUGGACCAGAACCGACUGACCCACCUGAGUGACUCCAUAGGAGAGUGUGAGAACCUGACGGAACUCGUACUGACCGAGAACCUCUUACAGACUCUGCCUCGCUCGCUGGGCAAGUUGAAGAAGCUGACCAACUUGAAUGUGGACCGCAACCGGCUGGGCGACGUGCCUGAUGAGCUGGGUGGUUGCGCCAGCCUCAACGUGCUCUCCCUCAGAGACAAUCGCGUGGCCAAAUUGCCCGCUGAGCUGGCUGACGCCACUGAGCUUCAUGUUCUGGAUGUGGCAGGGAACAGGUUACAGAACCUGCCAUUUGCCCUGGCCAACCUCAACCUGAAGGCCAUGUGGCUGGCAGAGAACCAGUCCCAGCCCAUGCUCAAGUUCCAGACGGAGGACGACGAGAGCACCGGGGAGAAGGUGCUCACCUGCUACCUGUUGCCCCAGCAGCCCUCCCCCAGCCUGGAGAACCUGCUGCAGAACAGUGUGGACGACAGCUGGAUAGACAGCAACCUGAACCGGGUAUCCGUUAUCCAGUUCCAGGAGGAGACCACCAAGCAGGAUGAGGACGAUGAGGCGGCUGCAGAGCGCAGGGGUCUCCAGCGCCGGGCGACGCCCCACCCCAGUGAGCUGAAGGUCAUGAAGAAGGUGAUUGAGGAGAAGAGGAAUGAGGCCUACAUAUCCUGUCCUGAUGGAGAGCCAGAGUCUCCUGGUACUGAGGAGAAACGACUGAGCAAUCUGUCCAAUCAGAGCCACGACUCUGCGGCGUCCAACAGUACAGCCUCUGCCAACUCUCACGAGGAGAGACGGUGCGUGAUUACCACAGCGAGGGAGAGCCUAGUGGGUGGGCGUGUGGAACAGGAGGAGGAGGAGCUAGACGAGAUGGAGGUGGAGUAUGUGGAGCCCACGGUGCACUUUGCAGAGGAGCCCAUAUACCAGGGUGGGAAUGAGUACUGUGAGGACGAGGAGGGUGGGGACGGGGUCCCAUGCAGCGACCUAGAGGAACAGAGGCCCCAGUUCCCUACGGAGAAGCAGCGUCUGAUCAGGAAGGACACGCCGCACUACAAGAAGCACUUCAAGAUUACCAAGCUGCCAAAACCCGAGGCGGUGGCCGCGUUACUGCAGGGCUUCAGCCCCGACGCACACCUGGCCCAACACCCCACCUCGCACCACCCUGACCCCGAGAAGGAGGAAGAGGAAGAGGAGGAGUGUAUGGUUACUCCACAGCGCCACAACAGAAUAGAAGAGCCAAAGCAGGAGGAGAGGAGUCUGCUUCAUGUCAACUCUUCCCUGCAGUCGGUCAAGGGGGUGUCAUUUGAUCAAGUCAAUAAUCUCCUGAUUGAGCCUGCUCGAAUUGAGGAGGAAGAGCACACCCUGACCAUUUUACGUCAAACUGGGGGCCUGGGCAUCAGCAUAGCCGGAGGACAGGGAUCCACACCCUACAAGGGGGAUGAUGAGGGAAUUUUCAUCUCCAGGGUGUCUGAAGAGGGCCCUGCAGCGCAGGCUGGGGUCAAAGUGGGAGACAAACUCCUAGAGGUGAACGGUGUGGUUCUCCAGGGGGCAGAGCACCACACGGCGGUAGAGGCGCUGCGCAGCUCGGGCGCCGCCGUCUCCAUGAGCGUCCUCCGGGAGCACAUGGUGGAGCCGGAGAACGCCAUCACCACCACACCGCUAAGGCCCGAGGACGACUACUUCCCCCGGGAGAGACGGGCCAGUGGCCUUCCCUUCUGCAUUGAGGCAGGCUCCCCCGCAGGCUUCCGACACAGGCUGUCUGCCUGCCUGGUCCGCAAUGACAAGGGUCUGGGCUUCAGCAUUGCCGGGGGCAAAGGCUCCACAGCCUACCGCACGGGGGACAUGGGGAUCUACAUCUCGCGGAUCGCAGAGGGAGGGGCGGCCCACAGAGACUGCACACUCCGAGUAGGGGACAGGGUCAUCACCAUCAAUGGCGUAGACAUGACCGAGGCCAGGCAUGACCAGGCAGUAGCGCUGCUUACCGGCACCUCUCCCACCAUUGCUCUCCUGGUGGAGCGUGACCAGGCUGAGCCGGGCACCCCAGGGGGCUCCCCGGGCCUGUCCCGUGCCCGCGCCCACUCCCCCCCACCUCCAGAGCCCUCUGACUCACCCGACCAGGAAGAGGGCAACGACGACUCGAGCCUCUUGCCCCAUGGGAACCACCUGAGCCAGCCGCUGGAGGACGAAUACCCCAUCGAGGAAGUGGCGUUGGUGAAAGCGGGCGGCCCCCUGGGACUGAGCAUCGUGGGAGGCAGUGAUCACGCCAGUCACCCGUUCGGCAUCAACGAGCCUGGCGUCUUCAUCUCUAAGGUGAUCCCCCAUGGCUUGGCGUGUCAGAGUGGGCUGCGGGUGGGGGACAGGAUACUGGAGGUGAACACCAUCGACCUGCGCCACGCCACCCACCAGGAGGCUGUUAAAGCCCUGCUCUCCAACAAGCAGGAGAUCCGCAUGCUGGUGCGCAGGGACCCCUCGCCUCCCGGGAUGGAGGAGAUAGUGAUCCAGAAGCAGCCUGGAGAAAAGCUGGGCAUCAGCAUCCGCGGCGGUGCCAAGGGCCACGCUGGCAACCCCUUCGACGCCACCGAUGAGGGCAUUUUCAUAUCCAAGGUGAGCUCCAGCGGUGCGGCGGCCAGGGAUGGCCGUCUGCUUGUGGGCAUGCGGAUCUUGGAGGUGAGUAACCACAGCCUGCUGGGCAUGACCCACACGGAGGCUGUACGCGUGCUCCGCGCCGUGGGAGACACCCUGGUCAUGCUGGUGUGUGACGGCUUCGACCCUGGCAACGCUGCCUCUGUAGAGGCGUCACCGGGCAUCAUUGCCAACCCGUUUGCCGCAGGCAUCGUGCGUAAGAACAGCAUGGAGAGCAUCUCCUCUAUAGACCGAGACCUGAGUCCCGAGGAGAUGGACAUCCUACAGAAGGAGGUGGAGAUGGUGCGAGAGACAUCCCAGUGGGAGAGAGAAGAGAUGGAGAAGGUGAACCUGGGCACUGGGCCUCUGAAACUGGACUACCGGACGCUGGCCGCACUGCCCACCACCGCUCUCCAGAAGGUCAACAGGGCGCCCUCCACUGAGCCCCCCAGGACAGACAGUCCCAUUAGAGACGCCCCCUACUCACCAACCACACAACCGGCAAGCAUUCAUUUCACCCCUACUGCACUGCCUGCCAAGGAGGAACUCUCACCACUGAGUCCCUAUGAGACAAGGCCAGGUGCCAUCCAGCCCCUCUCCCGUGGUGGCGGGCAGCCGAUCACCUCGCCAGCCACUCCGGACGGGCACAGCAGCCCCAAUCCCUUCCAGCAUGGCCCCUUCCCCAUCAACUCUCAGACCUUUGAUCUGUUUGGCGAGAGGAACAACGUCCACCACAUUCAGCCUUCUCCAGAGACUCCAUCACCUGGUGGCAGAGACGACCUGGCGCAGCGCUCCUUCAGGGACAGACAGAAGUACUUUGAAAUCGACAUGAAGCAGCAGACGCCCGACACCAAGCCCAAAGGCCGCGUGUCCCUGGUUGGAGCAGACGACCUGAAGAAGAUGAGGGAGGAGGAAGAGAGGAGAUUCGAGCAGCGGGCACAGGAGUACCUGAUGGAUGAAGAUGACGAGGAGGAGGAUGACCUGGUGAAGCAGAUGGGAGUGUUGAAGGCCACGGGCAAAGUGGUGCUGGACGGGGUGGAGUACAAGGUUGAGCCUGUAGCCACCCCCCGCAGGCACUGUAACACGCCCCCCAGCUACAGCGCCACACUCCCUAGCUACUGUGGCAGCUCAGGGCCCUCGUCAGUGGAUGGUAAAGGAGACUACCAGAGGAAUUCCUCAGAGGAGAGCUUCAAGCUGGAGCAGCAGAGGCCCAACUCCAUGACUGGUCUGAUCCCAGUGUACCCUGGAGAGUCGGGGGCUCCCAUCCGGACAGCCAAGGCAGAACGGAGGCAACAGGAGCGGCUGAGGAUGCAGAGUCCAGAGCUGGCCCCAGCUGGAGACAAGGACCUCUCCCCCUCCGAGAAACGGGCUCUGGAAGCCGAGAAGAGAGCCAUGUGGAGGGCAGCAAGGAUGAAGUCUCUGGAGCAGGAUGCUUUGAAGGCUCAGAUGGUCAUCGCUAAGUCCAGGGAGGGAAAGAAGCGUGGCACACUGGACCAGCUGGACAAGGAGCACCCAACAGCCCGCCCAUUCACGCCAUCUCUCUGUCCCCAUUUUUCCCCUCUGGAAGAUUUCAGUCCACAAGGAGUAACGUCACCAGGCAGACUGUCUCCUGACUUGGUCGAUGACAUUCAGUUCAUUGACGAUGGCUCCAGUAACCCAGUGCAUGCUGCGGAUCCCGGGACUGAGGUGCCCACUGCCACCUCAGCACUGGAGAUGGCCCUCUACAGCAACACGCGCCAGCUGAGGCAGGGCUGCCGCAGCCUGGAGACCGCCGUGCCCACAUAACACAUCACACACAUCUACCACAAGAGACUCGGGAGACAUACAUACACAGAGGAGGCACCAGGUCACUACACACACACUCACAGGUUUGGGAGAUGCGUCCCAUGUAACCACUGCAGAGACCAUGAUGCUGAUAGUCAACACACACACACACAAUGUCAUAUCUUGCCUUUACAGUCUGACGAUGUGUUGGCCUGAACAUGAGGCCCAACGUUCCUGAGGCCAGGGAGGAGGAGGGCUGGUGAGGGGAGCUAGCAUUACGCUUCAGAAAUACCAUUCUCUUUUUUAUUUGUGUUCUUUUUCUUCAGUUUACGUUUUAGUAGCUGAAUUAUAUUAACAGGUGACUUAUGUUUUUACUUUUGACCCUCUGAUUUUUGCUGUUUUAAAUGAAAAAUGUGUUAUGGAAGAGAAAGGAAAAAAUAUGAAUUGUGUAGAUGUAAUACUAAUUUUUCAGAUGCUAUUUUUGAGGUUUUCAAUGAAUAUAUUGUUAAAUGUCAGGGUUUUUAGCGGACUUCGGGGGGCGUGUAUAUAUUGGGAACAUACUGCUACCUUCACUGCCACAUUUUAAACACUACAUACAUAUCUCAACUGCACUACCACACUACUUAGAAAACAACAUGUUUAUUUUUAAAUAAUUUAUUUUGCUUGUAUUUUAUUACUCGAUUCUAAAGCCUCUCCUGUAAUACAUUGUUACCCCCUGUACUUUCGAGUGCAACAGAACAAUGCAUAUCAUUUUAUUUAUCAUAAUGACAUCAAUGCAUAUCAUGAUAUCAUUUUAAUUCAAAUGUACAUCUUAUGAGGCAAGCACAUGUUUAAUCCAUAUCACCAAGAUAUUUUCUUUUACAAUGAAUACAUUUGUUUUCACUCUGAUGCACAGGCCUUAACCAGGUUCUGACUGGUACAUUUACAAGGAAUAUGCUGUCACAGACUUGUAGGAUACUGAUCCCAGUACAGUUGUUUGAUCUCGGUGGAUCAGAGUAAAGGAUCUCUAGCUUUCCUGGACCAGGUUUAUCAAAUUCUGUCCCAUUCCUAUUCUCGAGAAUGUAACUACACUGGAGAGACCAGCAGAGACACCCACACACACAUGGACAGAUAAGCCACUAGUCUUUAUUCAAAAUGGCUGUAAAUUUAGGAACAUAAUCUCAGCUUCAUUUACAUAUACGGUACUUUCCCUGCCCUUUUGGUGGAAAUCAAUGUGAAUCUCACUCCUAUCUGGAUGGUUUUCCAGAUUUUACCGGUGAAGGUAGCAGGUGUUUGCUUCUUUUUUUAUCUGCCUUUGAUUAAUUUAAAUCUGACACCCACUGAAAAUCCUUUAUUGUUGUGUGAAUAAUGUACAAAAUACUGAAUGGAAAGCUAAAUGUACGGUUGAAAUUGAGCCAGUCUACUAAGCCACGACCAAGCAAGUGUCUGGACUGGGGAGCUCUCUCCCUACCUCUCUCUCUCUGCAUGUACAAUAUAUUGGCUUUAUUGGGAGAACCUAUAGAGGCAGAAGACAUUUUGUUAAUCCCUUUUGAAAUGGAUCUCAUUCGACCAUCAUUCUCGAUCUCUUUCCUCUGCUUUACCUGCUGCUGUCAUGGAUGUUAUCUGAUGACAGCUUUGUUUUUGGAGAGUCAUGGUAGAAGCACUCGUGUUUAAUUUAAUGUACUAAUCAUAUCUUUCUGCGUUGCUUUCGCUGACUGAAAUUCAGUUAGGAUGAUAACAUUUGCGAUUGGUUGAUUUUUUAAAAAGAAAUUUACUUACUGUAGUGGGUAAAACUUUCCAGACAAAAUGGGAUUCACAACAUUUUUUUAUGCCAAACAACUGUUGGAACUUCCUUUUGGUUACACUCUUCUCUUGAAUUAUUUUGGGGGACUAUUUUUCCCAAAUGAGUCAGAGGGAAAGGGUAGAAGUGCUGGGGUCAAGGCUCAUCCAAAACUGUAACUAGUGAAUUUGUACAACCAAAGAGGUCUAUUUUGUGGUUCACGAAUAAAAAAAGUUUACUUUUCAUUUAACAAGCUGA